CGCAGCAAACAUAAAAGGCGGCAUUAUGUAAACAACAACAAAACGUUACAAGGACAUGUCAUGCAGUUUGCCACUUUGAAGCAUGGUUGGGCAAAAAUAAUCAAUAGCAGUAAAGCAUAAGAGCGCUCGCCGAGGAAGAGGAAAUGUAAUUGAGUUUAGUGUGUAGUGGAUGUCAGAAACAGACGGAGAGUGAGUGUUGCGUAUCGAACGAUACCAGACAGACAUUUGACAUUUUCAUAAAUUGGUUCGGGAUUUUCAUGGAUAAUAAAAAGGCGUUUUCACAGAGUUUCUCUUGAAAUGCAAGGAAGUAAUAAACUAAGUGAAAUAAAAAUAAAUAAUUAAUAAAUUUAGGAGAAAAAUCUCACAGCGAAGCAUUUACAUAAAUAUUAUCCCUGCAUUCGUUAAAGUGUAUACCAAACAAAACGUCGAAAAACGAAAGGAAAUUCCCUUUGCCCCUAACCAACCAACCUACCAUACAACAAAGAAAACGUCCUAAUUUAAGUUCAAAAACACUUCGAACAGAGAAGAUUUAAUAAAAACGGAAAAGUUUCUAUAAUUGUUAUUAAUUAUGUAGUGAAAAUGUGUUAACUUUUCCCCAAGUUCUCCUGAGAAAAAUUCAUCGAAAAAAAGUUUUCAAUAAAAUUGAAAGAAACAUGGUGGCCGAUGAAAUGUCUGGCGAUUCCAGCAAUACGGUGAAGGAACGCCCUGUUUUUAUACCGCCACGUAAACGUCAAACGAAUAAAAAAUCAAAUGGCACACAAAAUUAUGUGGACCACAUAGCCAAUGUACAGAAUCGCCAAAAACUCUCUCCCUCAAACAAUGGCCUCGAAGAGGAUCUUCUCAAUACGAAACUGCUGAUAAAAAAUAAACAACCACUGCCACAGAUACCGGUCAAAAACGCCGGCGAUUCCAGUAGUGAAAUCAAAUCGGCUGCCCAGUCGGUGGACAAUAUCUAUGUCGAUGAUAAUGAGUUGAAUAAUUUCGAAAGUGUUUCACAGGGCACCAAGUCCACAAAUCGCCACGAAUCAUCAACGGUCACUCCCAGUAGCUAUUCGGAGAGUAGUCUGGACGUGAAGCUAAGUAAAUCUCAUGACUGUCUAAGUAAUCGUUCGUCGUCCAAGAAACGAGUGAACAUACGAACCGACUUACCCCAAUUGCGUAGUGAACGUAAUUCACCCGAUCAGGCGGCCAACUAUGAGGAUUUGGAAUCGGGCGAGACAAGUGUGCUCAAUACCUAUGACCAUUCGUUGGAACGAUAUCAAACGGCCAGAAAGUCAAUGGACAGCACAAAUUAUUUAACCAUGACGGGCACCAUAAAACGUGGUCGUAAAAAGGGGCAAAGUUUCGAUCUCCAGUUGAACAUCAGCCGCGAUGAAUUGGAGAAAAUCAAUGCAGUGGCCAUUAGCACCGUUCAACAGAAGAGAGAGAAUCUCUGCUGCAAAUGUUCGCUGAAUACGGGCCUACAUAUUCUCGUACUUUCGCUGAUAUGUCUGCCCUUUGUGUCCCUAAUAACGGCAAUUUAUAGUUUCUACAUUGGCACCAUUACCUGGUAUAAUGUUUUCAAUUAUCUGCAUGAGGAGAAAUCGAUAAUUGUUCGUUUGCUAAUGUCACCCAUACUGGUGGCAGCAUAUCCUGUCUAUAUCCUGGGCUGUAGUAUUGGUUUGGCCCUGUAUGCCGGAUUUGCACAGCUGAGUUUUCAAUUUUCCAGUUGGUUCAAUGAAAUUGCCGAUAUCGAGAAAGGGUUCUACGGUUGGCUUUGUUCGCUGCUGAACUUGUCCGAUUGCAGUCCCUAUGAGGUGGUAAUCCUAACGGAUAUACGAGAUGAACCAGUGUUGGGUGUACCACCACGUUUGGAAAUCCAAACAUCCAAUGAAGAAUUGACACUAUAAGGUAAAGCGAUGGCAACCCUAGUAUUAAGAGAGAGA